AUGGAGAGGACGACAUCCGAUCCAAAAUUGGUCAUCAGACUAAAAUAUCCGUUAGUUGGCAACAGAGAUUUUGUGUUUCUUCGAGCAAACCGGCGAAAGUUAAGCACACCUGUUAGUUGUGAAGAAUACACGUACAAACAAGUGAAAUUGCUCUGCGGGCAAGGAGCCAUUUACAUUAAAAUGAAAAGUGAACUGAACUGUAUAAUUUGUGAUGACGAUGGGAAUAGCUUAAUCGAAGAUGAUGAUUUGCCAGGUAAAUUUUGUUGUGUUUUUAAAAUUUUUAAGGCAAAGUUUUAAAACUGGGUUGUUAUUAAGAGUAAUUUAUUGUAACUUGUUUUUCCUUGGCCUCAUUGUGACCAUUUGUCCAUGGCAACAACCUAAUUUUGACAUAAUCUAGGGAGGGCCACAGGUUUGUCAGCCUAUGACUGUAAUGUGUUUUACCCUUGUUAAAUAAAGUUAGUUAGUUAUUUACAUCAAAACUUUCUUCACAUCUUAAUCAACUUUUUAAUUGUAGUAAAAAGUCUCCUGGUUAUUUGUUUUUCUCACAGUGGAAAGUGUCGUUAAACAUUUACAGAAAAGAACCAAAAAAGUCAGUUCUUUUCAUUCUUAUACAUAUAUUUUUUUGUGCAGAAAUGCUUAGUCAACAAACUCCUGAACAACAGAAACAAACAGGAAUGCAAUCAGUAUCCACCUUUGAAGAGAGCAGUACAGGAAUUGAGUCAAAAAGGGAGAAGACAGAACCUGAUUACACUGAAAAUCAGUCUGUGGAUCUUCUGGCCAAGGAUUGUGUAAAUUACUGUAAAUCUAAUGGUAUUGAAAAUCCUGCUGAAAUUUUGCACUAUGCACAAAGUCCGAUUGUGACUGGGAGACCACUGGAUGUGCAAGAUGUAACUGUAAAUCUGGAAGGAGAAACCAACUUCAUCUUAAUCAAUCGACAAGAUGUUUUGAGAUCAGCUAUGGAAGAAGUGCAAUUUUUAAAGGACCCCAGACUAACACUUGCAGUUGGAUUUUAUGGUGAGAGUGCUGAGAAUUAUGGUGGUCCACGGAAAGAGUUCUUUUGCCUGUGUUUACGAGAGAUCAAAGCUAAGUACUUUGACAAUGGCCUCAAAGACCAUCUUUCUAAUGACUAUUCAACCAUUGGGUUAAUAAUGGUCCUUAGCACUUUGCAGAAUGGUAGUAUCCCUAGAUUUUUAAAAGAAGAUCAUCUCCAGGCCCUUUUUUCUUCUGGAGAGCCAUCAAAUCCUUGUAUCUCAAAGCUUCGCUUUGGCUUUAAAACCCUGGGGCUUUAUCAAAUAGGAAAUGGUAUACCUAACUUCCUUCACCUUUUCAGACCUUCAGAAAGUUCAGCCUUGUCAAGAAGAAAGUUGAUUGUCCUUCUCCCACCCACCAAAUUUCUCUGAAGGGGGUAGCAAUGUACACCGUUUCAAAUCAGAAAUUUAUGAUUUGUUUUCUAAAUACACCAGGCUAGCAGCAAGUGGGCAAAGGGGGUCAAUCACCCUGGGACAUAUACUUCAGUUUGUCACUGGUACUGAUGAAGAGCCCCCACUUGGGUUUGGUGUUGCACCUUGUAUAGAAUUUGUUGAGGCAGCAAGCCAUGGCACAAACUCUCACACAGAAUGCCCAUUUCUACCUACUGCAAACACUUGUGCAAAUAUAUUGUAUUUACCAAGA